GCAAGAGAAAUAUAUCAAGUUACAAGUUUCAUUGCAAGAGUGUAGACGAAUCAAAAUUGAAUAUAGACAUGGACGUCAUUUCCGAGGAAUUGCAAGUCCAGUGUUCUGCUUUGGAUUUUUUCUUUUUUACUCUGUUUCUUUUUAUUCUUUGUUUAUGAACGACAUGACUCAACCCGACGCUCACCAGAUUGUUCAUCCACAGCUGUCGACGGAGUCUUUUAGUAACCCUACAUCUCUGGAUGAAGACGAAGAAGAGGAAUUGACCGAAGUACCGAUUGUUCCUACAGAUUUAGACACUAGUUCACAAACUGUGCGAGUAACAAGACCCGUACCACCAAUCGACUUUGUUUUACAAAGACCACUAACGACCGAGAAAGAGUUGCUGGACAUUGCCUUCAGACCUGCUGCAUUAAAUACCCGUGUAACAUGUCGUAUACACCGUUGCCGAGAUGGUCUAGAUAAAUUGUACCCGCAAUACCAUUUAUUUAUUGAGCAUUUAGAAACGGGAGAGAUUCAUCAUGUCAUGACAGCUCGAAAAAAGAGAAAAAGUAACACGAGUUAUUACACAAUUACGGGUAUUUAUCGUGAAAAUCAAAGUGUACCAGAAGGGUACGUUGAAUUGGGCAAAGUCAGAUCCAAUUUUUUGGGCACAACAUUUGUUAUAUAUUCGCAUGGAAAGAGCCCAUUGAAGAGAGAGAUUGCCACGAAAAAAGAUCUGCCAAUUAGAGAGGAACUGGGUGCAGUUUUAUACGAUCCCAAUAUUCUCGGUUUUAAAGGACCUCGUAAAAUGACGAUACUGAUGCAUACGCUAACAAGAGACGGUAAAAGGCCUGAAUAUCGACCAGCCAAAGAAUCUGAGAUGCUUUUGAGUAAGUAUCGUGAUGGGGGUGCCAGAGAUCUUUUAGUGCUUCACAACAAAAGUCCUCAGUGGAAUGAAGAAACACAAUCAUUUGUUCUCAAUUUCAAUGGAAGAGUAACACAAGCAUCUGUCAAAAACUUUCAAAUUGUGCAUGAUAAUGAUUUGGAUUAUAUCGUAAUGCAAUUUGGCCGUGUAGAAAGAGAUUCAUUUACCAUGGACUACAAAUACCCGAUGUGCUUAUUGCAAGCCUUUUCAAUUGCCCUUACAUCAUUUGAUGCUAAACUUGCCUGCGAGUAGUACAUGUCACAAUACCAGAAAGCACAAUAAAAUUACUCAAUCUAUUACAAGCUUUUUACUCUUUCAAAGCAACAAUACUGCAUACAUAGAUAUACAAAAGCUUUCUAUAUAUGUUUCUAAAAUCACAAAUACGAUGCUAGUGACAAAGGACAAGUCG